GCGCGUCACGCCUGUUUUAAGCUUGUCAUUUAAGUUAUGGCUCCCAGUUGUCCGGACACCAGGCCAUGUCAUUGGUGAGCGCUUUGGUGAAAAAGCUGCUCUCGCUGGAGACGUACUUCCUGAAGGGGGAAGGCCGCGUCACUGCGCACGCCGCCAAGCGAUCACUUACCGUCGAGGAUGGCGUGCUGAACCCCGAGCUUCUUGAGGGCACGCCUUUCUGCCUGACCUCCAGCUUGGUGAACUUCCAAGCGAGCGUCAGCUUCAACGACCAGCCCAACCGCGUCCAGGGCCAGGGCUCCAAGCUGCAGGUGGAGAUCUCCUCCACGCAGGAGGACCUGGGCGCCUGGCUGCGGCGCCGGGAGCGGCAGCUUCAAAGCCGGGUGCAGGCGGAGCCUUUCGGCACAAGCAUUUGCAGGCCUUUGGUCUGUGAUGCUCCGCGGAAUAUGUUACUUCCCAAGCUUAGAAGUGCUUGCCAACCCGGCAUGUCCUUCUGGAUGCAACGAAGGCAUUUCUUUCCUGUCCGAUCUAUGAUGGGCAAGUCGUCUGAUGCUCGAUAUUGGGCCCUGGUGGGAGUGUCCAGCUUCUCCUACGCUGGUGCCUGCUACUUCUUCUUUUAUCACACGCAAGCCUUUGGGCAUGGCUACUACCAGAGGCUUCGAGCCCAAGUCACCUCCUCCUCAGUACACCAGCGCUUGCAGAAUGAGCUGCAGCUGAGCGGCGUUGUUGCGGCGCUGAUGACGACAGCCGCCUUCUCCUCGUUUCGGCAGCCGCCCGUUGCGCCGCAGAAUAUCCCGAGGUUGCCACAGCUCUGUGGCUGUUUCAUGGGCCUGGGCAUGACUCUGAACUUCUUUGCCCUCAUCGUGGCGCUGCACAUGCAGAUGAAGCUCAAUGAAUACGAGGACGGCGCUGAGUUCCUGCGGAUGCAUGAGACGGUGCUGCCUCUGCACAAGCGUUUGCUCUUCGCCGGGGGCCUGGCGCUGUGUCUGGGCAAAGUGGCGCUCAGCUUCGCGCUGUACAAGGCCCCUGCGGCGCUGCUCACGGCGGCGUCCCUCACCUCAGGCGGCUUCGCCUUGGCAUGGCUCAUUCGAGACAUGUAUCGGCGGGAGUGCCUGGAAAGCUUUCGCUUUUCCGGCACGGGCCCUGUCCGGAGCGCGGCAUCGCUGAGCGACUCUAUCAGCUCGCCUCACACGAGAUAUUGGGCGCUGGUGGGGGUCUCUAGCUUGUCCUAUGCUGGCGCCUGGUAUCGCUGUAAAGACGGGCCACCCCGGGCCCAGGAGGUGCACGGCCGCAUGCAGAACGAGCUGGAGCUCAGCGGCGUGGUGGCGGCCGUGAUGACCUCCGCGGCCUUCAGUUCCUUCCGGGAGCCCCCGGUGCCCAGUAAAACCAUGCCGAGGCUGCCACAGCUUUGCGGCAGCCCCGUGGCAGGUUUCAUGGGCUUGGGCAUGACUCUGAACUUCUUUGCUCUCAUCGUCGCUUUGCAUAUGCAGCUUACUCGUCCUUGGCAAGUGAGGCAGAUGAAGCUCAAUGAGUACGAAGACGGCGCGGAGUUCCUCCGGGUCCAUGAGAGGACGGUGCUGCCUUUGCACCGGCGCCUGCUCUUCGCCGGGGGCCUGGCGCUGUGUUUGGGCAAAGUGGCCCUGAGCUUCACGCUCUACGAAGCACCCGCGGCACUUCUCACGGAAAUCUCAAGAUUGACCUGGAUUCGGCCACCAGCCGACAUCGCCUCGAGCUGCGCCCAAGAAGUGGUGGCGGGGCCCCACCGGAUGGAGUGCAUCGAUCGCUGCCCAUCGCAGCUCGUGCAGUCGCGCGUCGGGCCGGAUCUGUGCAACCUGUGA